AUGUCGUGGCACGUGACAAUCGCAAGAACUUGUACGCGUUAUAUGCCUCGAGCUAGAGCCAUGGACCUGAUCCCGGGGAUACCUAAUGAAAUAGCUCUUGAAUGUCUCAUACGUCUCCCUGUUGAUCAAUUUUCUAAAGCAGCUUCAGUAUGCAAAAAAUGGAACGGCGAGAUCAUGUUGCCGGAGUUUCGCCGCCUGCGGAAAGUUUCCGGGUUGACCCGAACCGUUUUAGCCAUGGUACAAUCUAUGGUUGCUACUGUGAAAAAACCAGAGGGUGAUACUGUACUUUUUUCUACUCAGGUUUACCGGCUCUCUGUAUGUGACCCGGAAAACGGCUCCUGGUAUGAUUUGCCGCCGAUACCGGAGUUGAUUGAUGGAUUGCCGAGGUUUUGCCGGAUUGUUGGAGUCGGGUCGGAUUUAGUAGUGAUUGGCGGGUGUGACCCGGAUACUUGGCGGGUUAUGGACUCUGUUUUCGUUUACAAUUUCAUAUCCGGGUCAUGGCGUCGUGGGGCGGAUAUGCCAGGUCAGCAGAGGUCGUUCUUCGGAUGUGCAUCGGAUUCCGAUAGAAUGAUCGUCGUCGCCGGUGGCCACGAUGACGAAAAGAAUGCUAUGAAAUCGGCACUCUCAUACGACGUCGUUAAAGACGAGUGGAUUACACUUCCUGACAUGGUCAUGGAGAGAGACGAAUGUAAGGUUGUAUUUCACAAAGGUAAAUUCCACGUCAUCGGCGGUUAUCCUACGUGGGCGCAAGGUCACUUCGAGAAUGAUGCUGAGGUGUUCGACACCGCCACGUGGCAGUGGCGACUGGAAGAUGACUUCUUGAGUGUGAUCAACACUUCUCCUCAUAGUUGCAUUGAAGGUGAUGAUGGGAGAUUAUACAUGUGCCGAGGCGGUGACGUGGCAGUGAAGGAAGAUCCUACGUGGCAGAAGCUGGCGGGGUUGCCAGCAGGGAUUACUAGCGUGGCAUAUUUGACAGCGUGUCAAGGGAAGUUGAUAUUGGUGGGAAGGGGCCAAUUAGAUGAACUAUAUAGUAUUUAUGCUUUGGAUUUGGAUUUGGAUUUGGAUGUGGAGAGUGAUGGCAAAGUGAAAAAAUGGACAAAAGUAGAAACUUCUGAUGAAUAUAGUGGUCAUGUUCAGUAUGGUUGUUGUUUGGAAAUAUGA